AUGGACGAAGAGAAGGUGUGGAUGGCUUCCCUGCAUCUCAAAGGGGUGGCGUCCCAGUGGUAUUACCAGCUGAAACGGGAUUUUGGCGUCGUCUCAUGGCCGCGGUUCGCCAAGUUCGUCACUCUUCGCUUCGGUCCGCCGAUCCGCUCCAACACCCUAGGUGAACUCAAGGUCCUCUACCGGACAGGAACAGUGGAAGAGUACCAACGGCAGUUCUUAACGCUGCUGUUCCGCUACGACCAGCUUGGGCCGCAGCACCAGAUUGAUCUCUUCACCUCUGGAUUGGGCCAGCCAUUGUCCUCCGACGUCGAGAUGCAGCGGCCAUCGAAUCUGCAGACGGCUAUGAGUCUGGCACGCGCCUUUGAACUUCGCUCUAAGGAGGCCGAGCGCGCGAUCAACGCGACGCCGUCACGCUCGACACCUCACCCACGCGCACCGACCAUGCCAUCCGCAUCCGCGGCCACCAAACCGAACGAACAACUGCGUUCCCGUUUCCACCGCCUGUGCGCCGACGAGAUCGCGGAGAAACGAGCUAGCGGCCUGUGCUACUUCUGUCCGGAAAAAUUCACCAAGGAUCACAAGUGCUCUAGCCACGGCGGGGUCUUCUGCUUGUCCAUGGAGGAGACGGAGGUUGACGGCACAGACAUCUCCGAGGACAACGUGCGCAUCUCGCUACAUGCACUCACCAGCGUCACCGCAGCCGACACCAUCCGCCUUCGCGUGCGGAUUAACGUCGAGCUCACCGCCUUGGUGGAUUCCGACUCCACACACACGUUCAUCCGCAACGACGUCGCGCACCGUCUCGGCCUCGCCGUCACACCCCGGACUGGUCUGCACGUCCAAGUCGCGAAUGGGGAGCGGUUGGGCUGCCCAGGAAUCUGCACGGCCACACCGUUCGACAUCCACGGCGAAACAUUCUCCAUUGACUGCUAUGCCUUGGCGCUGGAUGGAUUUGAUGUCGUCCUCGGCGUCCAUUGGCUCAAGACGGUAGGGCCAAUCACAUGGGAUUUCGACGAGCUCACCAUGGCAUUCCAGUACAAGGGACGUGCCAUCUUGUGGCACGGCAUUGGCGGCACAGACGUCAGCUUAGCAGCCCUCACCGCUACACGGGAUUUGAUGGAGGACCUCCUGCAGCAAUACGGCGACAUCUUUGCCAAACCUCGGGGCCUGCCACCGCCACAUCGUCAAGAUCAUUGCAUCCACCUACCCGGCACGGCGCCCGUCGCGGUCUGGCCGUACUGCUACCCCCAGCUGCUGAAGGAUGAAAUCGAGCGCCAGUGCGAGAACAUGCUAGCCCAGGGCAUCAUCCGUGUCUCGACGUCGCCAUUCUCAUGGCGUUUUUGCGUGGAUUACCGAGAGCUCAACGACAAGACGGUGAAAGACAAGUUCCCAAUUCCGGUGGUCGACGAGCUCCUCGACGAGCUUCGUGGCGCCAGAUUCUUCACCAAGAUCGACCUCCGGAGUGGCUACCACCAGGUGCGCAUGCACCCCGAGGAUGUGGCCAAGACGACGUUCCGUACCCACCACGGCCACUUUGAGUUCUUGGUCAUGCCUUUCGGCCUCACUAACGCGCCAGCCACGUUUCAAGCAUUGAUGAACGCUAGCCUGAAGCCCUUCUUACGGCGGUUCGUCCUUGUCUUUUUUGAUGAUAUUGUCAUCUAUAGCUCGUCGUGGUUAGAACAUUUACAACAGGUCCAGAUGGUGCUGCAAUUGGUGCGCGAUCACCAGCUCUUCGCCAAGCGUUCCAAGUGUUAUUUUGGGCAGGAGUCUGUGGCAUAUCUUGGCCACGUCAUCUCGGCUGCCGGGGUCGCCAUGGACCCGGCCAAAGUGGAGGCUUUGGUGGCUUGGCCAUAG